UAGGUUGUACGAGCUUGGUCAAUCAGUUCGUUUCUGAACCUUUAGCAAUACUCACCGCUUAGAUUGGUGGUCUUCGUCCACACUAUUAGGAAGCUAGAAGCGCAUAUUAACUAGUUGUUUGUGCAUUGACUGUCGAGCAUUUGUGAUUUAUUUUUAAUUUUAAUUUGUGCAUAUUGAUAAUUUGGUUUUGCAACGAUACUCAACCACAUCGGCUCUGCAAAGAUGUUUCGAUUGGGACAGGUUGUGAUCCGCAAUGGCCAGAAGGUGAAAGCCAUCGAGCUUCGAAGAUGCCUUUCGGCGGCACCGCAAACGCAGAAGCGCGCCGAAAAUCGUGCCGUGGCCGACGACAAGAAACCCAACAUGUCCUUCCUGACCAACAUCUUCCGCGGUGAAGUACAACCGGCUCAGGUGUUCCCGUACCCGGAAGUGCUCGAUGCCGAACAGAAGGAAUACAUUGCCGCUUUCGUCGAUCCCGUGACUAGAUUUUUUGAGGAAGUCAACGAUCCGGUGAAAAACGACACCACUGCAAGCAUCGAUGAAGCCACUUCGGAUGCCCUUUGGGAGUUGGGCGCCUUCUCGCUGCAGGUUCCUCCGGAGUACGGUGGUCUCGGUUUGAACAACACACAGUACUCCCGAAUGUGCGACAUCAUCGGUGGACAGGAUUUAGGGCUGGGAAUCUUCAUCGGUGCACAUCAGAGUAUUGGUUUCAAAGGAAUUCUGCUGUACGGAACUAAGGAGCAAAAGGAAAAAUACCUGCCUAAGGUUUCUACCGGACGGACCUAUGCAGCGUUUGCGCUGACUGAGCCGAGUUCCGGAUCGGACGCCGGAUCAAUCCGGUGCCGGGCGGUGAAGACCCCAGACGGCAAGCACUAUGUUUUGAAUGGAUCCAAGAUCUGGAUUUCUAACGGUGGAAUUGCGGACAUAAUGACCGUUUUCGCUCAAACUGAGAUUGAGGAUCCCCGUACCGGACAGAAGAAGGACAAGGUAACAGCGUUUAUCGUCGAACGCGGAUUCGGAGGAGUCACCAGUGGACCUCCGGAGAACAAAAUGGGUAUCAAGUGCUCCAACACGGCUGAGGUCUAUUUCGAGGAUUGUAAGAUUCCUAUUGAAAAUGUCCUGGGAGGAGAAGGCAAUGGGUUCAAGGUUGCCAUGAACAUCCUGAACAAUGGUCGAUUCGGCAUGGCCGCUACUUUGUCCGGUACAAUGCGAGCUUGUAUUCAGAAGGCCACCGAACAUGCCACGAAUCGAGUCCAAUUCGGACGCAAGUUGGAGACGUACGGUGGAAUCCAGGAGAAGCUAGCCCGUAUGGCGAUGCAUCACUACGCGACACAAUCGAUGGCUUACAUGAUCUCUGGAAACAUGGACUCCGGUUCCACUGACUACCAUCUGGAGGCGGCCAUUUCCAAGGUGUUUGCCUCGGAGUCGGCGUGGUACGUGUGCGAUGAAGCGAUUCAGAUUCUCGGAGGAAUGGGAUUCAUGAAAGACGCCGGAUUGGAGCGUAUUAUGCGUGAUUUGAGGAUUUUCAGAAUUUUUGAGGGAACCAACGAUAUUCUGAGGCUGUUUGUCGCCUUGACCGGCAUCCAGUACGCUGGAUCGCAUCUGAAAGAACUGCAGAAGGCGUUCAAAAACCCGGCUGCUAACUUGGGGUUGAUUCUGCAGGAGGGAUCCCGACGAGCAAUUCGUAGCAUCGGAUACGGUGGAACCGACCUGGCACCAUUCGUUGCCGGUCCACUCAAGGAAUCGGCCAAGCAGUGCUCUGAGAGCAUCGACAUCUUCGGUCAAGCGGUGGAAUCCCUGUUGAUCAAACAUGGCAAGGGCAUCGUAGAGGAGCAGUUCAUGCUGAACCGGUUGGCCGAUGCUGCCAUCGACACCUACGCCAUGGCCGUGGUUCUCUCCCGGGCGUCUCGAGCCGUUCAGAAGAAUCUUCCAUCGGCCGAGCAUGAAGUCCUGAUGGCGCAAGCCUGGUGCCACGAAGCGGCCGACCGAGUGCGCGUCAAUAUCCGUAAGAUCAAUACCGAUUCGUUCGCGAAGAACUACGGCAAGAUGUCGCAGAUUUCCAAGAACAUUUGUGCACACAAUGGCAUCGCGCAUAAUAACCCGCUGGAUAUUGAUUAAUCAAAGGAGUAAGUUAGGUCUUAGGAUAAACGAGGUGGUUCAUAUUGGUUUUCUAGCGAAAAUGCAAUUAGGGAAUCCUGCAGCACGACAGUGUCAAAUAUUCACCAAAACCCCCAAAAUCGAUUAUACUAAAUGAAAGAACGCUUGCGACGGCUGCAAGAGUUGGACUUUGCUCCAAUUGACUAUGUAUGCAAGUUGAUUGUUAUUUGGGAUGAACGAUAGAUGGAAAAAUUAGAUAGACAAUUUCACCGACAUCCACUAACUUAUGUUACGAUUUUGAGUUUUAGGCAUAAUAACCAGACUUUACGUUUUGUUCGAUGUACAUACCGUUAUUUUAAGAAUGCAGUGUUUGAUUUAUUUUCAGAAAUAUAUUAGGUUUUACUAUAACACA